CAUGUGCGAUGUGAACCUUCAUUGGCGCUUGACAAGUGGGGUUUCCCGUGUAAUUGUCCAGAUUUCAAUUACAAAACCAUGAAGUAGUCGUCAUUUAGACUGUGACGAGAGUCUUGUAGUAUAAAAAUAUGGACGCCGAUGGCCAUAACAAGAUUGACAACCGACACAAAACGGCUGAUUUGCCUGAUACUUCUUCUAGGGAUCUAUCUGUUCUGCGGAGCAGCCGUGUUUCAAGUUUUAGAGAACGAAAACGAAGCCAGAGCUGUUGUUCAUUUGAAUGAUUUAAGAAAGACUUUUCAUAGAAAAUACAACGUGUCGAGAAAGGAGUUUGAUUUUUUGGUACAUAAGAUUUCUCUGGCAACGAAGUAUCGAUGUGGUGGUCCAAUGGAAAGCUGGUGUAGUUCGAGAUGGUCUUAUUACGCGUCACUGUAUUUUACCUGGAGUGUUGUUACUACAAUUGGAUAUGGCCACCUUGCACCAGCCACCAUGGAAGGACGAAUAUUUUGCAUGAUUUUCGCAUUUUUUGGAAUACCGCUGAACUUAAUGAUUCUUAAAAGUAUCGGUGAUCGUAUCAAUGACGUCAUUCAUUACGUACACUACCGCAUCACUGUUCAAUUAAGUGACAGUGAUGAUGUGACUGUCAAAACCCGAACAUUAGUCUGGACACUGGGAUUUAUGAUUUUGACACUAUUGGUUGGAGCGAUAUUAUAUACACAAACACAAAAUUGGACUAUCUUUGAAGCGAUUUAUUUUUGUUUUGUGACGUUCUCAACCAUUGGAUUCGGUGACCUCGUUCCUAAUGAAGGAGAACCGCCAACCACUCUGAUAGAUAGCGUGCUUGAGAUAUUUCACGCUGCWGUCAUCAUUCUUGGUCUUUCCAUGUUCUUUUCGAUCAUCUCUUCGAUUCUGAGCGCUUCAGAAGAGCUACGAAUCGCAUUUCCAUCAAACACCCAACCACCACAUCAUCAAGAGAGUACCAAAGAAGCUCAGGAGGAACCAGAUAACGAUAAACCAGUUAAAACUGAAAAUGAUUAAGAUCAAACGCGAAAAUAAAACGUGWAAACAAGCAGAAUUUCCUUCAAGAUGGCCGCUUUSCAURCCCUUGGAUGGUUCUUUUCAAAAUAAGCAGAUUCGAAAUCCCUGUGUAUUUUCAUUGGAUUUYAGUCGGUUUUUAAAAUUWUAGGGGACAUUUUAAAAAAGAAUUAUGUUAAUAAGCGGUGGCCAUUUAGGUAUAUUUCUUGAAUAGAGCGAUUUCGCAAACGCAUUUCCAUAAGAAAGUGAUAUAUAAGAAGUAAGAUAACAUGCAAUUGAGAUUUAGCCAGGAAAAUGAGGAUUGGACAUCUUCAAAAUGUCAAAAUAGCAUCUUUGUAAAGUAGUUUUAAUUUUUGUCAGUUUUAAGUUAAUUCAGCAAGGAAUUUUUUUUAAUAAAACAAUUAUAUAUCCAUAAAGUUAAGUUGCUAAGGUUGGGCGAAAUGUCCAUCCUUUUCUCAUUACGAAUAUUUAAAAAAAAUAAAUAAAUGACUCAAA